GCGAAUUCCACUUUUCAGUUCUAUUAUUGAUAAAUUUAGUUUCACUGCUCAAAAAUGGCACUUCCGCAAACAUAUCGUAAAGUAAUGGUGACCACUUUAACAACAAAUUUUCGAAAAGCAAUUGAGUUUCAAACAUGCCAGAUUCCAAAGUUAUCAGCAAAUUCAGUUCUGGUACGAAAUCGAUAUGUUGGUAUUAAUGCAUCUGAUGUGAAUUUCACUGCUGGCAAGUAUACCCCAGGUGCUGCACUGCCUCUUGAAAUAGGAUUUGAGGCAGUAGGGGAAAUUGUGGCUGCCGGGGAUAAGUGCAAGGACCUGAUUGGUACUGCAGUGGCUCACAUGUCUGGUGGGGCAUUUUGUGAAUAUCAGAAGCUUCAAUCAUCAAGAAUUUUUCGGAUUCCAGAACCAAAGCCGGAAUAUCUUCCUUUGUUAGUGAGUGGAAUCACAGCAAAACUAGCUCUGGAGAUGAAAGCACAACUGAAAGAAGGUGAAACCGUUCUUGUGACUGCGGCUGCUGGAGGAACAGGUCAAUUUGCAGUUCAACUUGCCAAACUAGCAGGUUGCCGCGUCAUUGGAACAUGUUCUACUGAUAAAAAAGUGGAAUUUCUUAAAUCUAUUGGAUGUGAUAGAGCUAUCAAUACGUCGAAAGAGGAUCUGAAGCUUGUUUUGAAAGAUGAAUUUUCAAAAGGUGUGGAUGUUAUUUAUGAAUCCAUUGGAGGACAAACAUUUGAUACCUGUGUAAAUGCAAUGAAACUUGGUGGACGACUGAUCGUGAUUGGGUAUAUAUCAGGAUAUCAAGAUGGUACAAUUUCCAGCACAUCUGGAAGAGCUGCUGCUGCAUUACCUAUUAAGCUAUUGAUGAAAAGUGCCAGUGUUAACGGCUUCUUUCUUAUGCACUAUCCACAAAAAUGGAAGAGCACAUUUGAUGAACUUGUAGAAAUUCACUCAAAAGGGGAAGCAAAGAGUUUUGUGGAUAAUGGUAUGAAUAGAACUGAAGGAAAAUUGGAAGGUAUCGAGUCAAUUCCUGAUGCUGUUGAUUAUAUGUAUUCUCGAAAAAGUAUAGGAAAAGUAUUUGUCGAUAUGUUUCCAGACUUAACUGCAAAAUUGUGAAGUUAAUUUAGGCCAUCUGGAGUGUUAAACAUUCGAAUGAGAUUCAUGAUAUAUACUUUAAGUUUGAUCAUCGUAAACCAAGUGUUGUAAACCUUCCAAUGACUGGGUUAAAUAUUUUAUUUUUAAAACCACGGCCUCUCAUCCGGUUAACAGCGCAUGUCGGGUAUGAGAUUAUUUGGUCAGUUAUUUGUUUCAGAUGCAUUGCCAGUUAUUUGCUUAAUUCGUUCACUCAGCUAUAAACGUUACAACUAUUAGCGCUAAUGACUGACAUGGGAUUUUCCUGUGGUUCAAAACAUAAUACACAUACCGGUACUAGUAAUACUGAUAUAUUUCUGGACAUCACAGUGCCAUCUAUUUACAUAAUUAUUGGAACUAAACUUUACAUUUAAAUUGUUGAUUUGUUGAAUUAUUUCUGCAAUCAAGUUAUUAAUUGCUCUCAUAUUUUUUUCCCUAAAUUAAAUAUUCUCAUGCAUUAAUAAG